GGCACAGCCAGGUGACCUUGGCGGGCAGAGCCGGGCUGCGCCCGUCGCCGCCACCGGGGAAGCUGGGUGGGGAGACGGCCGAGAUGGUGGAGGACGGCGGCGAGGAGGAGGCGGAGGGGGAGAGCGGCGGGAUGCCGGCGGCCGCGGCCCCGCUGCAGCGCUGCAAUGGCUUCCUGCCCGGCAAGGAGGCGGCGGGCGGCGGCCGGGCGGGCGGCGGGGAGCAGGCGGCCCCGGAGGCCGAGGAGAUGCUGUCGGCGGGCGGCGUGCGGCCGGAGGCGCGGCUGGAGACGCGGCUGUCGCGGCGGCGGCUGGCGGUGCUGGCCGUUUUCAGCUGCUACUCGCUGGUGAACGCCUUCCAAUGGAUCCAGUACAGCAUCCUCAGCAACGUCUUCGCCGGCUUCUACGGCGUCUCCUUCACGCAGAUCGACUGGCUGUCCAUGGUGUACAUGGUGGCCUACGUGCCGCUGAUCCUGCCGGCCACCUGGCUGCUGGAUGCCCGCGGGCUGCGCCUCACGGCGCUGCUGGGCGCGGGGCUCAACGCGGUGGGCGCCUGGCUCAAGUGCGGCAGCCUGGCCCCCCAGCGCUACCCGCUCACCCUGGCCGCCCAGGCCGUCUGCGCCGUCGCCCAGGUCUUCAUCCUGGGGCUGCCCUCCCGCAUCGCCUCCGUCUGGUUCGGCCCCACCGAGGUCUCCACCGCCUGCGCCGUGGCUGUGCUGGGCAACCAGCUUGGUACUGCAAUUGGCUUUUUGUUGCCGCCUGUUUUGGUCCCAAAUACACCGAAUGAUAUUGAUCUUAUGGCACAUAACAUCAGCAUCAUGUUCUAUGGGACAGCGAUAGUGUCCACGCUUUUGUUCUUCUUAGCAGGAGUUGUGUUUGAAGAAAAGCCCAAAUACCCUCCCAGUCACUCUCAAGCAGUCCUGCAAACUAAACCUCCUGAGGAUUACUCCUACAAGCAGUCCAUUAUUAACUUGUUCAAAAAUAUUCCAUUUAUACUUUUGCUAAUCAGUUAUGGUAUUAUGACUGGGGCAUUUUAUUCUGUCUCCACAUUAUUAAACCAGAUGAUAGUAACUCAUUAUGAGGGAGAAGAAGUGAACGCUGGGAGAAUUGGCUUGACACUGGUGGUGGCAGGAAUGGUGGGUUCGAUUAUUUGUGGUUUGUGGCUGGAUUACACUAAAACAUACAAGCAAACUACUUUGAUUGUUUACAUUCUCUCUUUCAUUGGGCUGCUGGUAUUUACUUUCACCCUGGACCUCGGAUACCUUAUAGUAGUGUUCGUGACUGGAGGAGUGCUUGGGUUCUUCAUGACUGGCUAUCUUCCACUUGGGUUUGAAUUUGCUGUGGAAAUUACAUAUCCAGAGUCUGAAGGCACUUCCUCAGGUCUCCUUAAUGCAUCAGCACAGAUAUUUGGAAUUAUCUUUACACUUGUUCAAGGAAAGCUCACAACAGACUACAGUCCUCGUGCAGGAAACAUCUUUCUUUGUGCUUGGAUUUUUGUGGGCAUUAUUUUAACAGCCUUAAUAAAAUCAGAUUUGCGAAGACACAAUGUGAAUUCAGGGAUUAUGAACUUGGACGUCAAAGCUGUACCAGUUGACAGUCCUGUAGAACCUGAAAGCACUACAUUAAAGAUUCAGUCAGCUUUAUGAAGCUGAAGGAAGGUGACUCAGAAACGCACAAGUUUGGUUAGAUAUGGAAUGAUAUGAGCUAGUGUAAUCACUGGAUUUGUGUGUACGAGUAGUGAAAUGUGUUUGUUGAUAUUGGUGGUAGUUGUGUACUGGAAGCUAUGAAGAUGCUCAGUUCGUUUUGCUCGAGAUACAAACAAUUCACCUUUGUAUGGAAUAUUUAUUUUAACAUUUUCAAGUCUUGCAGUUUCAUUAGUAAAGAGCUGUGUGAACACUCUCCGUGGUAGGGAGACGUGCAUUCAGGAUGCAUACUUGAAAAAAAUCAGGAAUCUUGAAGUACAGUUGUCAUGAUCAGAUGUAUCUAAUCUUCUUUUCUUGUUCAGUCUUGCUGGUGCAUUUGAAAAGUCAAAGAGUAGGGAAAUGCACAUCAGGAGGAUGUUCACGAGUUCAUUUUUUAUUUUAAAUGUAUCUGUAUUUGAAUAUAAGCCAAUGAUUCCUUCUGGAAAAGUGAUAGCACAAUACUGAAAACAAGAGAUGAUGUAUGUGUUUCAUACUGGCAUCUGACAUUUCUUUUGCCUUGAAACUUCUUUAUAGGUAUCAGAAGGCAGAUAAGAGAAAACACUGUUCUUGCUAUAGCUUCAUUGUAGCAUUUCUGGGGAGAUUUAAAAAGUUUCUCACUAGAUAAAUUGGAGAAAAAACAUUUCUUAUUAAAUACAGUAAAAAGGAGGACAAAUGCCUUUGAUAUCUCUAUUAUGAAAUAUUUAUAAGCAAUGGAACACUACCACACAAGUUUCCUCCAUGGAAUAUUUUGAGUGCUUUCUCAGUUAAAGAGAGAGGAGUAUGUGUUUACAAAGAGCCAGUGCCUUUACUUUGUAAAGAAGAUCCCUGCCUCAUCUUGAGUUUAAUCAGUGCUGCUGAAGAAAUUCCAUUUUGUGUGUUAAACUUCUGAAUAUUUGUGGAGUAUCAGAAAACGUGUUCUGUCCUUUUUAUGAAUUGUAUCACUUGUCUCAUGUGAAAUUCCUGUGCUUGUGUAACUUAAAUCAUUUAUUUUGUGGUUUGUUAAAAGCUAUAAGGAUGACUGAAAAGAAAAUAAUGAUAUUUUCACUUUUUCUGAUCAAGUAUUUUCUUUUAUACCAUCUUAGCUGCUAAAUGAGCAGACAUUAUUAACAGUAACUUUUUGUUACUUCAUUUAUCUGGAUUUGGUAUGUGGGUUUUUCAGUGCAGUGCUUUUGAAAAUUUUCUCCUUUACCUUGUGCUCUAUCUACACACCCACAGAACUGAUAGCACUACAAUAAUACUAUUGCUGGGAAAGUCAGACCUGGGUUAGUGGACUUUUUGGAAACAUUUCAUUUUUAGCUCAGCAAACUGAGCCUGCAAGUUCAGUGCUAUCAGUGGUGCUGUGUCUUUGAGUUCCCACAGAUGCAGUGCCAUCCAGAAGGUGGAAUCCUACUUGAAGUUUUCCACAGGUUUUAACAGUUGGGGAUGGGGAAUUAUUUAACUCUGUGCUGGUUUCAGCUGGGCUAGUUAAUUUUCUUCACAGUGGCUGGCAUGGGGCUGUGUUUUGGAUUUGUGCUGAACACAGGGUUGAUAACACAGAGAUGUUUUAUCCUUGCUGAGUAGGGCUUACACAGAGCCAAGGCCUUUUCUGCUUUUCAUACGUCAGAAAAGGCGAGGAAGCUGGGAGUGCAUGGGAUGUUGGGAGGAGACACAGCCAGGACAGGUGACCCCAACUGACCAAAGGGAUAUUCCAGACCAUGUGACAUCAUGUUCAGUGUAUACAGUGUAUACAGAAGGAGGAAGGGAGAGAUGUUUAGAGUAAUGGUGUUUUCUUCCUGAGAAGCCAUUGCAAUUGGUGGGGAUGGCUGAACACCUUACUGCCCAUGGGAAGCAGUAAAUUAAUUCCUUGUUUUUCUUUGCUUGUGUGUGGCUUCUGCUUUCCCCAUUAAGCUGCCUCUCAUCCCAUGAGUUUUCCAGUUUUUACCCUUCUGAUUCUGUCCUCAAUCCCACUGGUGGGGAAGGGAGUGAGCAAGUGGCUGCCUGGGGCUUGGUGGAUGGCUGGGGUUAAAUAACAACAAACUCCAAGAUAGUCUCUAAGUACAAUAAAUAUAAUUAAAAGCUUUUCUUUUUCUUGUUUUGCUGUAGACUCAGGAAAAUCCUUUUGUAUAAAAAGGGCCCUGAAAACUUAUCUUUGUAAGCUUAGCCUCUAAAUGUGAUGAUCUUGAUUUAAACAUUUUGUAUAAUAAAUGCUUUAGACGGGGAAAGGCCUAUCAGAAUAAACAAAGCACACUUGGAACACUUGCCUUGCCAAAAAGGGUUCAUGUCUCUUUGCUGGGUCCAGUGCUAGGGAGAAAAUGGCCAGGCCUUGCUGCUCCUGGGCGGGUCAACUCUAGAAGCUGAAGCAGCUGAAUAUAGGAAAAGUCACUCUUGGCUAUUCAAAUGGCAGGCAAGGGUAUAGGAGUGAAAGUAGAGAUGCUUUCAGUAUGUGAGUCCUUUACAUUGAAGCUGCCCCAUCAAGGGAUGUGCAGGUUUUCAGCCUGACUCAGAAAAGUGAAAGUUUCUGCCUUGUGACAUAUAUGGGUGGCUUUUCCCUUUGAAAAAAUGAUAAUAACAUGUGCCAAAAAAUAUAUAUGUUUUUCAUCAAGAUAUAGAUCCAGAAAAUAUUUAUGUUCAUGGCCAUGCAUGGUUGCUUUGACUUUUGGUGUUGCAAAAUCUUAACAAGAUAAUAUUUUUGUAGUUUUGGGGAAUUGUUUUCAAAUUCCCCAGUAGAAAGUCUUUGGCAGUAUCCAGGAUGUUUGCUGACCUGUUCAAUAUACACUGCUCAAAAUGAAAGAUUGAGUAUUUUUGUUCCAUUCUUAAAAUUUAUUUUUUAAUUCCUUUCUUUACUGCUAGUUUCCAGUUUCUUUAGUUAUGUUCAGCUGAUUAUUGAAAAAAUAUUCUGGUUCUGGCUCCUUGUUUUAUCUUCUGCCAAAUUACUUGGCUACCUUCUGAAAAGGUUGAAAGAAGAUUUUGGCUUGCUGGAAACCCUGCUGGGUCCCUGAAAAGAAAAUAUUCCUAAUAGUGAAGGCUUAAUUACAUCCUGGAUUUAAUAUUCCCCUUCUAAAAGGAGCUUGAAAGUUGGAAACCUAUGAGCUAUUUUCAGGCAAUGAUAAAGCAUUUAAAUGAAAGGCUCAGCUGCAGAAUAAAAAGCAAAUAAAGAGCAAAACAGUAUUUUUUUAUGCAAUAGUCUUAUCAUCUGUCAAAAAAUCGAGGUUCUAGCUCAUGGCAGAAAUAAAUUUGGAGUAAUUUAGGCUUUGUGGUUUUUGCUUUUAAUUUUUGGAUUUUAGCAGAAAACAUCCACUCAAUCAAGCAUAAAAUCAUAGCAUGUUAAGAGGUUGGAAGGGACCUUAAAGUUCAUCUGGUCCCAACCCACCUGCCAUGGGCAGGGACACCUCCCACUAGACGAGGUUGCUCAAGGCUCUAUCCAACCUGGCCUUGGACACUGCCAGGGUUGGGUGUCCACAACCUGCCUGGGCAACCUGUUCCAGUGCUUACCAUCCUCACAGUAAAAAAUUUAUUCCUGAUAUCUAAAUUAAAUUCCCUCUCUUUCAGUUUGUACCCAUUCCCUUUUGUCCUAUCACUACAAUUCCUGACAAAGAGUCCCUCCCACUUCACUGUAGUCCCUCUUCAGAUACUGGAAGGUUGCUAUGAGUUCUCCAUGCAACCUUCUUAGCCUGGAAAUUCCACAUGCAUUUGGAAUUGCACAUAGGGUUUCUGACUCUUAGCCUUCAGACCCUGGCUCAGCCCCCCAGCAAGAGUAGAGUUGAGGGCGAAAAAUUCUAGCUGCUUAAAAAAAGUAAUUGUAUCAUGAAUUGAAUUGCACAUCAGCUAGGAGAGGAUGGUGUAAGAAACGAGAACAAGCGAGAACAGGCAUCCCACUCCCAUGCAUCAGCUUUUUCUUUUCAAUUUGCUUUUUUUCCGCCUGUUUCAGGAGAGCUCUGGAGGAUGCAAGAGAACACACACAGUGGGGAGCAUAAACAAGGGAACUGCCCCCAAGUUCCCAGGAGCUCAGCAGGUUGUGCAGUUGAUAUCUUGCAGCUACAAAAUUCGGAGAUUAGCGUUCUUACCUGUGUGGUUCUUCCCAGCCACAGUAAACUUUUGGUCAUUUCAGUGGAAGAGACUCAAGAGAGCAUUGACACAUUUUUAUUUAGGAUUCCUGCCACAGCCUUAAAUCCCUCAUUUGUACUGGCUGGGUGUGAAAAUACCAGACCUGUAGGAUAGAGUCUGGAAUUGCUGGUAGGUAAGUGCCUCAGAACAAGUAUUUGUAGAUGGGUGUUUGUCUUUAGUAACAUCUCUUUCUGUUGCUAAAUGCCCAUGGUUUACGAGGAAGAAAGAACAAGGGAGGAAGUAGCAAGAAUACAUAUAAAUAAUUGCAGAUUAAUAGGGAUGUCUUGAGAGGCUAGACAGUGUUAAAGGAGUAAAGUACGUAUUUGUUAAAAAGGCCUUCAAAGGAUACACCUUGGGCAGUACAACAGCCCAGCCAGGGCUACACCCAAAAUGGAUGAUGGGUCACACGUUUUCACACUUUUAUAAGUUUUGGUCCAUGUACAUUUUGGGGUUAAUUGUCCAAUUACAGCUUCAGGUUACGAAGUCCCAUCCUCCCAGAUUGCUCUCCUCAGUUAUCUGUUGUUUAUAUCUUUUGGGCCCAAAGCUGCAAUGGUGUCCUUGGUUCUCAGGCUGGAAAAGGAUUGUUUUGUCAAACUAAACUGUGAAGAGAAUUUGCUAACACUUUAUAUAAACUUCAGAGUUAUAUACUAAUGCAGUACAGAACUAAUACAGUACAGUAUAGGAAGAUAUGAAAGCUAAAACUUAAGACAUCCAUAGGGCUUUUCUAACUUCAGCCUCUUGGUCAUCUCUUUUGUUCAAGGCAGUAUGUGGUUUCAGAGACAAUCAGUGGAGUGUGUAAUCAGAGCUGCCAGCCCAUAUUGCCUAAUGAAACAAUGGGUUUUUGAGAAAUAUUUGUACUACCUUCUGCAUCUACAACCAAGUGAAAUUGGGUUAAGCUGUAAACAUUUGUUUUCCUUUUCCAUGUUGUGAACUCACUAGUUUUUCUGUGUGAAUGGGAGUGUGUGACCUUUACAGUUGUUGUCUUUCAAUACAUGUAUGUACCUCCUCAAGUGUUACAGGCUAUUGAUGUUUCAUGGAGCACAAGCUGUCAUUGUACACAAUAAUAUGUGAUUGCUCCCAGCCCCACCAUUUGGUCUGAAUUCUUUGAAGAGGAAAAAGUGAUUUUAAUGCAGGAACUAGAAUGAAUUAAGCAAAAAAUUUCCUAAGAGAAAUGUAUUUCUGUGUAAGACCCGUGUUAUUUACUGCUCAUGCCUUUGUUCUACUCAUGAAGAUAACAAAUGUGUUUUGCUGUAGUAUUUUGGUUUUGUUAGUGUCCAAUUUUUUAUUUCAAGAGAAAAUUAAAAGUUCCUAAUGAAUAUUCUCUGAUUGCAAUACUGUAUGUAUGUGUAUAUGUGGAUGGCAUCAUUCCUUACCAUUCUGUUACUAAUAAAGUGUAUAAUGCCUAAA